UAUACUUCCCUCUCUUCCUGCAGACCGACAUCGCUCUGUGCCGAUCCGGAGCGGGCAGCGGCUGCAGCUCACGGGCUGACAUGCGGAGAACCUGCAGAAGUUUUGGGCUUGCCAGGCAAAGGAAAUGGUUAUGAGAAAAGGUUUUUUAAGCCCGAAGAAAGGAAGAUAAAAGGUGUGAAAUCUUCGCGUGUGCUGGAUGGAAAUUCUCUGAAGAUUCAGUGAGGAAAUUCUAGAAAGACGGCAUCAUUGUGGCAGUUUGACAUGAAUCUACGAACCCAUGAAAAAACAAAAGGACAGAACAUACCAGCUGUUAUAAUCUAUUUAUUUCUCAUCAGUGCUACACUUUGGGAUUUUACAGAACAGGUAGAAGUAACAGGGCUGUUUUCCAAGGAUUGCAUCCUCCCUUGUAGUUUCCCACCUGGGCAUGAUGAAGUAAUUCACUGGAGCAAAGAGAACAAAAUAGUGCACAGUUACUACCGACAGAAGGAUCAGCUGAAAGAACAAGACCCACGUUACAGAGGCAGAACACAGCUUUUCCAUGAGAACAUCCCUAGUGGAAAUGCCUCCUUGAAACUUAGUAACCUGACCAUGACUGACGAGGGCUCUUACACCUGCUACGUGGGAACAACACAAGAUCGAAAACAAGUGGAAGUGCUGCUGCACUUAAGAGCUCCUUCUUCUUAUGCACUGGAAUACCAAAAGACAAACACAGAAAGGAGACUGAAGUGCUAUGCCUUUCUCACUUAUCCAGCACCAAAUAUAUCUUGGGUACAAGGCAAUGUAUCCAUCCAAGAGACAGGUCGGGAGGAAACCAUGAAUGGAGCUCUCUAUUCUAUCAGAAGUGACAAGGACAUUAUAAACACAGCAGAUACUUACUACUGUCAUAUUCAUUUCCAUCAUGACAUGUGGGCUGCUGAAUGGAAGAUGGUGCAAGAGGACCUUUCUGGAAAGGAAGGAGAUCGCGCCGUAAUUCCUUGUGACCAUGGCAAUGACAUUGCAAGCGCUGCUGGUUUCAGUGUGGUCUGGACAUUGCACAGAAAUGCAGUGACCUCAAUCCUGGCCUCCUUCAAUGGCACAUUCCACUCUCACCAGCCUCGAGUCCAGAUUGACAAAACUGACUUUUCACUGAUGUUGGAUGAUCUUACUGGAGAUGACAGUGGAGAAUAUCUGUGCAACAUUUCAACACCUCUCUACACAAAACUUACUGUGAGCACUCUGCACGUCAAAAAUUCAGGUAACAACUGGAUAAUUGUGCUAGUAGUGCUUGGAGUGCUUGCAGCGGUAGCAGUGGUAGCAGUGGCACUUUACUGUCUCAAGAAAAAGGAAGAUAAUCCCAGUGUCAACUGGCUGUCUGGACAAGGACCACCAGGAGGGAAGUUGAAAGAACUGAGCAAUAAAAAGAAGGAGAGACCUCCUAUGAACACCUUAACCAUACAGGAAGAAAAUAGCUCUCUGCACACAAAGAUUGGUGAUGAAAAGAACAAGGAGUUCCUCCAUCUUCUCCCUUGAGUUACACUAAGAGCCACAUGGAAAUGUCAUCUUCUUCAGCUCUUCUGAGCAACAGUAAUGGACAAAUGGGGAGGAAAAAAAGUCAGUGGAUACUUGUAUGUGAAAACUCAUAUAGCAGGGCAUCUCACCCCCAUGUGAGAUUAUCUGUUGCUUGUUUACUUGCAAGUUAACUCAAACCAGACAAAGCUGUCUUGCAGUGAGUUAUUUUGGCAGCCCAGGAUUACCAUUGGUCUGGCAUCUCCCAUCUGACAAUAAGCAUCUUACUGUGGAAGUGAGAUCUUGUGGAAGCUAAGAUUUAAUUAGCAUAUGCAGUUUGAUAACCAAAAUGCCUUGGCAAGAGCAAACAGAGCUUUGAGGGUUACAAGAAAAUUGGAUCAAGACUGGCAACAGGAAAGAAGAUUGAACUAAGUAGAAGUGUAAAGUUUGUCUGUGUGAUGUUUAACCCAAUGAAGAAAAAAAUUACUACUCUUCCCAAAAAUGGUACACAAGCAUUUGUAGCUCACAGUAAAUUUAAUUUCUGAUCACAAAUCAGUAGUCCCCCUCUCUCUCUCAAUCGUCAAUAGGAUCUGGAAAGAGAAACUGGAUUUCUGACUGAUAGGCACCUAACUUUACAAACUGUAUAAGCUACAUCAAACUUUCACAAAGCAGAACUCUGAAUUUUCCUGGAAACGUGGAAUUUCUACUUAGAAUGCCUGCUUUACUGUUACUCCUCUGGGGGCUGAGCAUUUCUUUUGCUAGUUUUCAUAUAGGUACCUUGAUAUCAUGCAUUUUUUUAUGUAAUUUUUUGGUAGUUUUUCUAUUUCAUACUGUGUUGUAAGUAGCUCUGAUUAAGACCUUUCAUGUGUUACCUCCUGUCCAAUAAGUAACUCAUUUUAUUAAUAGAGCUGAUCUGCCAUCCUUAGAAAUUGCAGGCCAGAGUGAUUUCUUAAAUUUAAGCUCUUGUCAAAAAUCUGAGGCUAAGACAGGGCUUGUCUGAAGCUCUGACUUGUCCUGUGACAAGUCAGCAUGCAAAACUGGAUUUCCUAAAGGGACAAAGAAGUUUCCAGAGAAGAAGAUGUCCCUAAGUUUUGAGGGAUUUUUUUUCAGGAUGGGAGAAAGAGAGCUUACUGGUUUUAAUUUCAUUUAGUAUUUUAUUUUAAAGCAAAAAUCAUGUCUGCUGUUGACAGUGGCGAGUCUGAGCCCAGCAGUGUGCUGGGCUGGCAGUGGUGGGGGAGCAGAGAAGUGUCAGAGUGGGAACAACUGUGGGGAACAAAACAGUGACAGACUGAGGUGGGAGAAGCUGAAUUGAUGCCAAGCACAGCCUAGAAGAGCAGUCUGGAAAAUGGGCAGUGUGACAUGGAGGAUUCCAUGUCAGCUUCCAGGGGUUUGUCCAUCAUUGUUUUCCAUUGUCUCAGGCUCAGGGGUAGGAAAUGUUAGCUGUGGGAGCCUCCCCCAUCAUGUUGCUUUUGUCCUGGGGACCACAUGGUGUGUGGGAAUGAUUGCCACCUUAUUUUUGUCUGGAAAAACAUGUAGAGCUGGCAGCACUGGAGCAGCUGCCAUCUUGUCCUUGUCACAGGGGACCACAUGGACAUGACCUACAGGGAGUGUCUGCCAUCGUGUCUUUGUGCCAGGGGCCACCUGGAACUAAGUUGAGGUGGUGAGCACCUCUUUGUGGACAAAGCAUCUCUUUUUAUAUACUAUUGUUAUUAACAUUGUUGGUCUUUUGCUUUAAUUAAAUUAUCUCAUCCCACA